AUGGAGAUUGGAAAGAUGGAAGCUCUGCCAUAUACCUUGGCAGUUAUUAAACCUGAUACUGCAAGUUCUAGAGAAAAGGUGGAAAAUAUAAUUAAAAGAAUUGAAGACUCUGGGCUUAAUAUUUAUGAAAGAGAAUCAAGAGUGCUUGAUAAAGAAGACGCACAGAAUCUAUUCGCAAAGUUUAAAAAUCGAGAUUUUUAUCAGGAUUUGAUUGAUUAUAUACAGAGCGGGCCGUGUGAAAUUUUGUUAUUGACUAUGAUCAGUGGAGAUCCUAUAAGAGUUUGGAAAGAAUUAAUUGGUCCUUCAGAUCCAGCAGAAGCCAAGGUUAAAGCUCCUACAAGUUUAAGGGCACAGUAUGGAACUUCUUUAUUAAGAAAUGAAUUCCAUGGAAGUGACGACUAUUUGCAAGCAAACAGAGAAAGGGAUAUUUUUGAUUUCCCAGUCCCUGUGAAAGAGCCUGAUUUUUCAUUUGACCCGUAUAAGAUCACAAUAGAAUCUUUAAUGAAAUUUAUUUUUCCCCCACAUUUAGAGCACUCUAAUGUGACAGGACGUCUUGAUAUUUUUGCUUAUUAUGGGCCGAUUGUGAAUUAUCACUCAGUUGACUUAGGCUGCUUCUGCGUCAACUGUUCUAGGCUUGGAAAAGAGAAACUUGGUCCUGAGUGCAAAGCAAAGCCUUUUAAACGAGGAGCUUUAGAAGAGCCAGCAAGAAGGCUGCUUCAUGAGCAAGAAAUACUAGAUAUCUGAAGUGAACUAUGUGAAGCCUGCAAAUACCAUUGUGACAAUUAUUCUCAUCUUCCCAGUGGCAGAAAUGCUCAGCAUUUAUUGACUGAUAUUGAAAUUACCCAGCUUAUAAGAGAAAUGAAUAAAAACGAAAUUGAACAAACGCUUAUGAAUAAAAUGGCAUUUGGCUAUAAAGAAAUUAUAUUAUCUAUAUCAUGGAAUUUUAUUUAUGGGAUGGUUUUUCAUAGAGCUUCUGCAAGCAAUAGCGAUUUUAAUUUUAGUCGCAUAGGACUCAAAAAAAUUGUUGCAAGGGUAAGCAGAAGCUUAAGGUUUUCCACUCAGCACCCCCAAGAAAGUGAUCCUUAAGCGAAGCAAGCACAGGAACUGAGCUGGCAAGGCAUUUAGUCUUGGACAGCUGGUUCGGUUGAUUGUGAUAUUUGUUUAGGCGGAUCCAGAUUGUGCUUAGGCAAUUUUGGACUUGGAAUGCCAUUAGUUUAGCGCAAAGCGUAUAAAGCUUGGCGAUGGCCGGAGACUUUAAAAUUAACUAAGGAAGCAAGUAAGAACAAAUGCUCACCGCAGUAAAAGGAAGUGCUGCUAAGACUAUAAUUUUGACUAUAGAUUUAGUAGAGCCUGAUGAAAUUAUUUAUACAGCAAGCCAUGUAAGGAGCUUGUUUGAGGAUUUAGAUACAGAUUAUUUUAAGAGGAUGGAUUUUUAUGAUAUGCAAAAAAGGGUUUUUGACGAUAGAAAUGCAAGGAUGGCGUUUUGGAUGUCGAAAAUUACAGGAGCACCAGUUACAAAUAUUAAAAAGAAGAAGCCGACUGAUAGAAAGCCUGAAGAUAUAUCAGUGACUAGGAAGCCAAUGAGCUUAACCCAGGUUGAAAAACCGCUCACUCAGGUUGGGACUGAAUGGGAUACCAGUAUCGCAGACCAGCCUAAACUAGGCCCAAAUGCUCAAAAAGUAGCAUUACUAAUAAAAAUGCACAGAGAAGGAUUUUUAAUCGGCAACGGAAAAGACUUAAACCAAGUCGACACCGCAAACAACGUCAGACUCCUAAGAAACUACGCUCAAGGCAGAAAUGGCAGCUGGAACAACUAUUUCGCAAUAAAGCACCCAGAAUCCGGAACAACAAUUUUUAAGCGAAAACAUAAAAAAUAA